AGAAGGAGAUGAAGUGAUGUCCACAGCUGCAGCGUCAUCCAGUCACAGGUUCCCCCCUGGUGCUUAUCCGCAGAACUACAACUCACGCUAUGCCGACAACACCUACAGUGGUCUUAUUCUGAGAGACGCUCACGAGGAGAACCCAGAGAGCAUCCUGGACGACCACGUGCAGCGGGUCAUGAAGACCCCCGGCUGCCAGUCCCCCGGCACAGGACGCCACUCUCCCAAGUCACGCUCACCGGACGGUGUCCCAGGGGGAAAAGGGGCGGGACUUGGAAUGGCGCAGGGGAAACAUCCGUCCAGGCACGGCGUCAAGGGAGACCACCUGUACCACCACAAACACAUGCACCACAUCCACCACGCUGCCGUCGGGAAGCCCAGGGAGCAGGUGGAGGCUGAGGCGGCCAUGCGCGUCCAUGGCAACCUCCCCUGGGGCGCAGAGACGGGGCAUUAUGGUUCCAAGUCUCGCAGCUACGCAGACGGCAUGGGAUCCAACCCCGUGGAUCACACAGGGUAUAGUAGCAAAGGUGGCCCACAGUGUAAAAGGGCGUUGAAGAAGGGUGACGAAGUGCGGCCUUAUGACGGGCCAGCGCCUCCAGAGGAGAUGGAGAAAAAUCAGAAGAUCCUCUUGUGGCUGAUGGAAGGACAGAAGGAAAUGGUUCAAUAUAAGAGGAGCCCAUACGGGAGUACCACUGGGUCCAAGAGGACGUCAGGCCAUGAGGCCCAGCAGCGGAACAAUGUACAGCCGUCCCACCCUUUCAUCCAGGACCCCACCAUGCCCCCAAACCCCGCUCCCAGCCCCCUCAUCCAGCUGGAGGAGGUGUGCAGGCGGCUUGAGGAGGAGAAGAUUCAGUCAGGAACUGUCCAACCCAAGCAAAGGUAUGUGAUGGAGGUGAUCCAGAGGGGCCGCACCGCCGUCAGGCCGGCUCUGUUCCCCCCGCUCAGCGUGGUGCCCGCCGUCUCUGACAGCGAGCUCUCCCAGCCAGAACACAAAGCCACUAAGAAGCAUCCCUGUGAGAACACGACUGUGGCGUAUUACUUCUGUGAGGAGCUGAUACCCUACAGGACGUCUGUCAAAGGGAGGGUGGUCACACUGGGCCAGUUCAAAGAACUGCUGACGAAGAAAGGAAACUACAGGUAUUAUUUCAAGAAGGUGAGCGACGAGUUUGACUGUGGGGUGGUGUUUGAAGAGGUACGUGAAGAUGACGCUAUCCUGCCCAUCUUUGAGGAGAAGAUCAUCGGGAAAGUGGAAAAAAUUGAUUGACGUUCACGUCGAAGAGGAAGGAUGAGGAACAAUUGGAGGGUGAAGAGGAAGUGUUUUGGGAUCGAAGGACCAUGAGAAGAAAGUGACACAGGAAGUGGAUGCAGAGUUGAAGAGCAGUGCAGUUUUGAGGCUUGGGGAGCACCACUGCAGUGACGUUGGACUAGAAGAAAAAGAAAAAAGACCUCAUUCACUUCGUCGGAGUGUAAUGUAGCAUUGUAAAGUUUACUAGAUGAAGAAGAACAAAAGUGCUACUAAAGCAACAUAUUUUUGAUAUGACGUAUCAGAGGUUGCCCUUUCUAAAGUAACCACACUUGUCAUUUUUAUAUGUAUUGGUACCAGAUGUGUACAGUUUGUGUUAAAAGAUAACAACAUUUUAUAUCUAUUUAAGUAUUUAAAAUGCUCAUUUUCAAUCCUAUUGAAGCAGGAGUGUGGCCCCUGUUGAAGACGAUCAAAUCCUUUUUUGGGAUGACUUUUUGUUGUUUUAUUCAUGUUGUGCGUUUAAUACUUCACUUUAAUAAUACUUAUUUUCAUUCAAUCUGCACUUUCAUUGUAUUGUACACCACUGAAUAUGUCUCAAGGUAGGCUGCACCGUGAAUUUCUAAAGCACCUACACGUGGCCAGAGAAAUGGAAACCCCUGUAGAGUGCACUGCAAUCCAGCCCUAGGUCCUAAAAUAGUACUUUAACAAGAUUAAUGUAAGUCAUGGCACUGCAGGAGAGCAUUUAUGAUCACUUUUAAAGCUGUGAGUAGUGUUUUUAUCCGUGACACCACCACAGAGUUGUAAUUUAUUGUUUUAUUGGCUUGCAUUCUGCCCAGGUUGUUUGCAUUCUGCUGGUUCCUUGUUGUAUGCUCCAUAGGAUUGUAGACAUUAGCUAUGUUUAUGUACAUGUGCGGCACUGUUGUUUACCCCAACUAAAUUGAAGUUGUACGAGAAUUGCCUAACAAAUGAACACAGCAAUGCAAUAAUACUGUGGGAAAAGGGGGAAAGUAGGUGAAUAUCUAUGCAGGUUAGUUCCCCUGAUCCAAAACGACACUGGCCCUUUACUUUAAUAAUUUAUAAUAAUAUUAAAAACAAGUUGAGGCUACACAUUAAGACAUUUAGGUUUUUAGAAGCCUGUUUUCCCAAUUUUAAAUGUGUUUUGAUUAUACUCUGUUCAUUAAUCAGACUGAAUUUCAAUUGGGUUGAGACCAUCUUUUCUAAAAUUCUAAUUGAAGAUUGUGAAUAAGAAAUACUACCUUUUUUACGAAUUAAAAUGAAUAGUAAGUGCCAAUGAAUAUUUGGAGGUACAUUUUCUAGUUUUCUUUAAAUUAUUUCCAGUUAAACAUUGAAUUUUCUAAAGAACUCACCUCAGCUUUGGAGGUCGGUGUGUGUUCAUGAAAGGGAAGCGUUCCAAUCCACACACACUGGAGGUCCCGCCUCCUUGAACAUGUCCAACAGGUCAUAUCACAGCGUUUGAAUGAGAGGCCAGUGAAUGUCAUCAGAAUACUAUCAAACCUAGAUCUAGUUGUCACAUAAAGGCAUAUUUAACUACUAUAAGUGCUACCUUUUUACAGUAGGUGUAUAGGAGUGCUAAUAGACACUGAAAUGUUGCGUUUAUUGUGUUUACAUCAAGUAUUUAUUAGUUUUAGCUCCAUGUGUGUGUUUAUUUAUGAGAUCCCAGAGACUAACCCUCUUUUAAUCACUGCUUUGUGUAUGUAUCAGUUCAGAAGGGGCUGAUCUCUCAUCUGUAGCCUUCUCUAGCUAAUCGCGGCUAUCGUGUGCCUAGCAGUAAUGAAUUGUUUUGUGCAAAUGAUCUACUGUUGAUAGAUCAGGUUACACCAAAGAGAAAAAAGUAGAUGGUAGUUACCAUAGGCACGCUCUUGAAUUCUCACAUUGAUAUUACCCCUUCAUUUUGUGGCGGCACUUAGUUGUUAUGUUUUAUUUAAGCGUUUGCAUGAAGAUUCAGAAUGUUUUUUUUUUUUCAAUGAAAUGAGUGUAUUUCCUGAUUCUACUUGUUACAAGGGACAAAUCAUAAUCAUUGCUGAAAAAUGUCUCAGCAUAAUAUAUAUUUCCUGUCCUUGCUAUUUGGCACCAUAAGUGAAACGUUUGCACUGGAAUAGCAACUGAAAUUGGACAAAAAAUCAAUCUGGAAAGCAGCAUGACAUUUAGUUUCAAGGUCUCCAUGGAUUUCGUAAUUUUGCUGUAAUGAAAGCCUUUAACUACAGAUGCUGGACCUUGAAACCAGAGUGUGUGUGUGUGCGUGUGUGUCGUUGCACAGUGUAUGGACGAUCUUGUUUAUUCAGAAGCUGUUUAUCAAUGCUGCCUUUUUUUUUAGAUUCUUUACUUAAAUCAGUUUAAUAUAUACUGCGUUGUUAAAUGAUCCACUAUUGAGUACAAAAUCAAAUGUAAUACUAUAAGUAUUAUCUUGAUCUUUUUUUUUUUUUUAAAUAUAAAAUCUGUGAAGUUUCUUACUGUGAAAGCCCCAAAGGUUAUUAUUUAAAAUCAAUUAAUGUAUAUAAUAAAUGUCAGAGUGCCUUUACUACUAUGCUAAUGACAUCUGCUGUGUGACUUUCACACAUGUGGGGGCAUAAAUACUGGGAUUUAUUUGUAUUUCUUGUUUAAUGUUUGUCACAUUUCCACCUUUUUCUCUGUAAAUAUGUACAACUUUGUCAUCAGCCAGCAGCCCACUCACCCCCCUGGACCUGUUUCUGUUCAUAGCAUGGUUACCGUUUAAAAAGGUACCCGGACAAUAAAUACAUGCAAUA